ACUGGAGUCAGUAUCUAUUUGGCCAACGGUGGCACUAGACGCAUAAAGGCUUUCGGUGCGUUCCCUUCGCGUAACGACGAAUUAGUCCCGGACGACGCGUGCAGACAACGAACCUGCUUUAUCUUCGUGCUCUUAAGCGUGUGGUUUUUUUAACGAGCUACUACAGAUAACGCUCGCGUGUGCGUGUGUGUGUGUCUGUGUUUGUCCCGCGCCGAUCAGAUAGCCUGACCUGACAAGUGGGAUUGCAUUAUUUCCAGCCGGUAAUGACGACGACGAAGCCGAUGCUUACAUAAACCGAGUGACAGAUAUUUGCAUCUGCGUAGUGCGAAAGAAAGAAAGGUGUAGACAGAAGUGUCGUGCAGAAACCAAACAAACCACCACCCAGUGAUCUCACCAGCCGAGAUUGCGCCAGUUCCUGCCAGCCCAAGGAUCGUCAGUGUGCUCCUUUUGUGUAAUCCACUGCUCAGCUUGGUGCGCCAGUAGUGUUCUAGUGUGUUCAUAUACGAAUAGCCCGUGUUGCCAUUAGCGAUGAAGCUGCUCAACGUACUACCAGUCGCCGCCUACUUUUUCCUCUUCAUUCUACUCUCCUCCAGUGACUUCAACGAGCGAAGAUCAUUGGUGCAAGCUCAGGAACCACUGUUCGAGCUGCCGGUUCAGCUAAUCGGAUUCCCCGUGAUCAUUCUCUCCGUACGAUUGGCAAACUUUGCUAAAAAGCUAGCCUACUCACUAAACCCAAAGACCUACCAAUCUCGCAGUCGGCGGGAGACUCUACAUCCAGAGGAACUGUCACGGCUAGCAAUUGAUGUGGUACAGGCCGAAAGGAAAAUUCUUCACGAGUUCGGUCCUAAGGCAUGUAUCGAGGAGGAACCUUGUCGAAUCCAUGCCGUCAGUAGUGCUCGUCUAGACAACUAUCAACCGGACUGGGAGGACAUUUUGAAAAACUACAAAUCGCAAUCCAGUGGCAUGAAGCAGUGGUACUUGCUGUCCGUGUUCCUUGGCGAUUACCUGCGGGACGUGCACUUCUGCAAGCAGCUGGCCAAGCGAUUAGACUGCAACCGAUACCAGAGACCGUUCCUGCGAGACUGAGAAACCCUUACGGCGUAGUCAUAUGGGGAAAACGACAUGCGGGAUUCAACCCGGUGCUUAGCUGUAAAUUAUUACCUUGUAAAUAGUCCGAAAGCAAUCGACCAACAAAGAGGAAUCGUUUAGGUUAUAAGUGUAGAGAAAAGCGAUAAAAAAAUAAAUACCUUUUACUGAAA